CUAGAUAGGGUUUUAGCUCCAGCAUCUUGUUCUGAGCGCCGCAGCGAAGCAGGGGAGGCAGCUCAGGAGGAGAAGAAUGUCUCACAGGAAGUUUGAGCACCCAAGGCAUGGAUCCCUUGGAUUUCUUCCAAGGAAGCGUGCGGCUCGUCACAGAGGAAAAGUGAAGGCAUUUCCUAAGGAUGACCCAAGCAAGUCACCCAAGCUAACUGCCUUCUUGGGUUACAAGGCUGGGAUGACUCACAUUGUCAGGGAGGUCGAGAAACCUGGAUCAAAGCUUCACAAGAGGGAGACAUGUGAGGCUGUGACAAUAAUUGAGACCCCUCCCAUGGUGGUGGUUGGAGUUGUUGGUUACGUGAAGACACCGCGUGGUCUUCGCUCUCUAAACACUGUCUGGGCCCAGCAUCUGAGUGAAGACGUGAAGCGAAGGUUCUACAAGAAUUGGUGCAAGUCCAAGAAGAAGGCUUUCACAAAAUACUCCAAGCAGUAUGAAACUGAAGAAGGCAAGAAAAGUAUCCAAGCUCAGCUUGAGAAGAUGAAGAAAUAUGCAACUGUCAUCCGUGUUUUGGCACACACUCAGAUUAGGAAAAUGAAGGGAUUGAAGCAGAAAAAAGCACACCUUAUGGAGAUCCAGGUCAAUGGCGGAACUGUGGCUCAGAAAGUUGAUUAUGCAUAUGGCUUCUUUGAGAAGCAAAUCCCAAUUGAUGCUAUUUUCCAGAAGGACGAAAUGAUUGACAUCAUUGGUGUUACAAAGGGUAAGGGGUAUGAAGGUGUUGUCACUCGUUGGGGUGUCACACGGCUUCCUCGAAAGACCCACAGGGGUCUUCGUAAGGUGGCUUGUAUUGGUGCUUGGCAUCCUGCCAGAGUAUCAUUUACAGUUGCCAGAGCUGGUCAGAAUGGGUAUCACCAUCGCACUGAGAUGAAUAAAAAAAUUUAUAAACUCGGCAAGGCUGGUCAGGAGUCCCACACUGCUGUUACUGAGUAUGAUAGGACUGAAAAGGAUAUUACUCCAAUGGGUGGUUUCCCUCACUAUGGUGUUGUGAAGGAUGACUAUCUAUUGAUCAAGGGGUGCUGUGUUGGGCCCAAGAAGAGGGUGGUCACCCUACGCCAGUCGCUGCUCAAGCAGACAUCUCGUUUGGCACUUGAGGACAUCAAACUCAAGUUCAUUGACACCUCAUCAAAGUUUGGACAUGGCCGCUUCCAGACAACAGAGGAGAAACAGAAGGUUUAUGGACGUCUGAAGGCGUAAUUAUGCUAUUAUUCUUUUUCAAGUUUCGAGCUGCCAUAAUAGUUAAGAGGAUUGUUUUUCUAUUUUCAGUAAUUGAGAUUUUUAUUUGGAACAGUUGUGUUCUCGCAGUUGUUGUGUGGGAGAUUGAAUUGUGGAGGAUAUAUUGUUGCAAUGUUUCAAUUUCGGAUCAUCGUUUGUUUUAUUUACCUUGGAAUUUUGAUGCCAUAUGGUUUGUGAUUUUGUU